CAUACCCGUGGUUGUUCCGGUCGGAUAUUACAGGGCUUUGAAAAACGCCUGUAAAAGCCACCAUAACCACAUUUCCGGAAAUUCAGAAGGGAUACAAGCUGCCUCUUCUUUCAUAUAUAAACUCUCAGGCUUUGGUUGUAAUCCCGCCAUGUCCGCAUCGGAAGUCGGAGUUUGAGCGUGCCGUCGGAAUUUCGGAAUCUUGGUAACACAAGUAUGCGUGAUGAGUUGAAGUUGAACGGUGUACCGUGAAUGUUUCAACAAGUCUUAUCAUUCUCGCCUUAAUUCGGAAGGAGUACGUCAUCCUUCACAUAAUAAUUUAUUGUGUACAAAGAUCAACCUAAAAACUUUGUACCAUGGCAAACGUAUCUCUCGAUAAAGACACAUUUUUCCGGCGAAUAAAACGCUUAUACGCAGCGUGGAAAGAUGGUGAAUCCGGCACGGAUGAUAGUUUUGCGAAGAUGGAUAGUCUCGUGUCGGCGGUCGGAAUUGACGAAGAUAUUGUAUACAGCAAGUCUACAGCCCUCCAGACUUGGCUACUUAGUUACGAGCUCACCGAUACUAUUAUGAUAUUAGCAGAAGACUCAAUCAAUUUUCUUGCCAGCAAGAAGAAGAUUGAAUUUCUACGUAGUGUAGAAAAUCAGAAAACUGAAGACACUGGAGUCCCUCCAGUAAAAUUGUUUGUUCGUGAUAGGACGGACGAGGAUAAAGCUAAUUUUGCCAAGCUAAUCGAGGUAAUAAAGAACAGCAAAAAGGGCAAAACUCUGGGAGUUUUUUCAAAGGAACAUUACCCGGGUCCAUUUAUGGAUUCAUGGAGGGCUGCUUUGAAAGCAAAAUCCUUUGAAACAGUUGACAUCAGUGCCGCAGCAGCCUAUGUAAUGUGCCCAAAAGAAGACAUGGAAAUAUUAGCUAUAAAAAAAGCUUGUCUAGUGUCGGUAGACGUUUUUACAAAAUACCUGAAAGACCAAAUUAUGGAAAUAAUUGAUUCUGAUAAGAAAGUCAAACAUUCCAAACUGGCUGAAGGAGUAGAUGCAGCUAUAACAAACAAAAAAUAUGUUACUGGAGUCGAUUUGACGCAAGUUGAUAUGUGUUACCCUGCAAUUAUUCAAAGCGGAGGCAACUACUCUUUAAAGUUCAGUGUUGUCAGCGAUAAAAAUACACUUCACUUUGGUGUUAUCGUCUGUUCCUUAGGAGUUCGCUACAAGUCUUACUGUUCCAACAUAGUUCGAACACUUCUGGUGAACCCAACGAAAAGUAUCGAGGACAAUUAUAACUUUCUUCUUCAAUUGGAAGAGGAAAUAUUGAAAAAAUUGAUAGCUGGUGCAAAAAUCAGCGAGGUAUAUGAGACUGGCCAUCAAUACGUCAAGUCAGAGAGACCUGAGUUAUUGGACCAUCUGACAAAAAACUUUGGAUUUGCUAUGGGCAUUGAAUUUAGGGAGAGCUCUUUGCUACUGGCUCCUAAAACGAAUUCAUUGGCUAAGAAGGGAAUGGUUUUUAAUAUUAAUAUCGGUCUUUCCAACCUUGCAAAUCCUGAUGCAACUGAAAAAGAAGGAAAAAUUUACGCCCUGUUUUUAGGAGAUACAGUCGUGGUUAACGAGGGCCAACCAGCUACUGUCUUGACUCCAUCUAAAAAAAAGGUAAAGAAUAUUGGAAUAUAUUUGAAGGACGAUGAAGAGGAGGAAGAAGAGGAAAGUGGCAAAGAAAAUACACCAAAACCAGAAAUUUUGGGACGAGGUAAGCGCACAGCCGUUAUAGAAUCAAAGCUGCGUACAGAACAUAGUUCAGAAGAGAAGCGGAAACAGCAUCAAAAGGAACUAGCGCAGCAACUCAACGAAAUUGCAAAAGCUCGCUUGGCCCAACAAUCUGGAGGAAAAGAAGAAGAGAAAGUGAGAAAAUCUACCGUGUCUUAUAAGAGUCUCAGUCACAUGCCGCGCGAAACGGAAGUGAAAGAACUAAAGCUCUAUGUUGAUAAAAAAUACGAAACCGUUAUCCUGCCAAUAUUCAGUAUACCAGUACCAUUUCACAUUUCAACUAUAAAGAAUAUAUCUCAGUCCGUUGAAGGAGACUAUACCUACCUCAGAAUAAACUUCUUUCAUCCCGGAGCAACGAUGGGCCGAAAUGAAGGUGGUACCUAUCCACAACCGGAUGCUACGUUUGUCAAAGAAGUAACAUAUCGAAGUACAAAUGUCAAAGAGCCUGGCGAAAUAUCUGCGCCAUCAUCGAAUUUGAAUACUGCGUUCAGACUAAUAAAAGAAGUACAGAAAAAGUUCAAGAAUAGAGAAGCAGAAGAAAGAGAAAAGGAAGAUCUAGUAAAACAAGAUACACUUGUUCUUUCUCAAAACAAAGGAAAUCCAAAGUUAAAAGAUCUGUAUAUUCGACCAAAUAUUGUUAGCAAAAGGAUGACGGGAGGUCUAGAAGCUCAUACAAAUGGCUUCCGUUACACUUCAGUUAGAGGAGACAAAGUAGACAUUCUGUAUAAUAAUAUUAAAAAUGCAUUUUUCCAACCAUGUGACGGAGAAAUGAUCAUUCUUCUACACUUCCAUCUCAAACACGCUAUCAUGUUUGGCAAGAAAAAACAUGUCGAUGUUCAAUUCUACACAGAAGUGGGAGAAAUUACAACAGAUCUGGGGAAACAUCAACACAUGCAUGACCGUGAUGAUCUAGCUGCUGAGCAGUCAGAACGCGAACUUCGUCACAAAUUGAAAACUGCUUUCAAGAGUUUUUGCGAAAAAGUAGAAGGAAUGACCAAGCAAGAGAUAGAAUUUGAUACACCAUUCAGGGAGCUGGGUUUCCCAGGUGCACCUUUCCGCAGCACCGUACUACUGCAACCUACAAGCGGUUGUCUUGUUAACCUUACAGAAUGGCCCCCAUUUGUGAUCACACUUGAAGAUGUGGAGCUCGUUCACUUUGAACGAGUUCAAUUUCAUUUGAAGAAUUUCGACAUGAUAUUUGUAUUUAAGGAUUACCAUCGAAAAGUAUCUAUGGUCAAUGCAGUCCCAAUGAACAUGAUCGAUCAUGUUAAAGAGUGGCUAAACUCUUGUGAUAUCAGAUACUCCGAAGGUGUACAAUCCUUAAAUUGGACAAAAAUUAUGAAAACAAUCACGGAUGAUCCUGAGGGAUUUUUCGAUAGCGGUGGUUGGACUUUCCUUGACCCAGAGUCCGAUGAUGAUAAUGAAGAUGUAGAUGAAGAAGAAGAGGAAGAUGAUGCCUAUGAGCCAACAGACAUCGAAAGUGAGGACGAAUCUGAUGAUGACUCAGAAUAUUCGGAGGCUUCCGAAGAUUCUGAUAGUGAAGAGGAAUUAGGAACCUCUGAAGAAUCUGGGAAGGAUUGGUCUGAUCUCGAACGAGAGGCUGCAGAAGAAGAUAAAGAAAGAGGAGACGUUCGAUUUCAGGAUGAUUACAAUAAUGUUGGUAAACAAAAAUCUGGGAAAGGGUCAUCAUCAUCUCCUUCCAAGAAUAGGCAUAGUUCAAAGCAUAAGAGUUCAUCCAGUUCAAAGAGCAGAAACUCAUCGAGCGGCAGAGACAGAAAAUCCUCAGAAAAACACAGAUCGGAUCGGUCUCGGAGUGGAGGGUCACACAAGAAAGUGUCUCCUUCCAAAUCAUCCAGACACAGUAGCCCCAAGAAGAGUGACAGACACGACAAACACAAAUCUUCACAUUCAUCAUCCAGUAGCAGAAAACGCUCCCGUGAUCAGAGCUCUGAGAGAAAUGGAAAAAGUUCCAAGAGGUCUAGGAAAUAAAUCUUAAGCCGGGACUAAUACAGUCUUAAACAGUGCAUCACAUAAACCUAAAUGCGUGGUGAACAUAAGCAGAACUUGAUAAUUUUUUUUUUACUUUGUAUAUCCGUUGUAUUGCUACUUUUAAGUAUUACAUUUUUUUUUUUGCAUACAUUUCUUAGUAUGCACAUUUAAUGAUGUGUAAUCACAUAACGUCAUUUUUCUUACUCGGUGUACAAUGAGGCUUAAGAAUCACUUACAAAUAUCUUCAACCGAGAAAAAAAUGAUAAUGGUAAAGAAAAAUUUUUAAAAACCAUAGUCUAUCGCUAUCCUAAACGACACUGAUUAAUGAUAAUAAUAUAAUAAUUAAAAGAAAUGUUAUGGACUGAAAAUCACAGCGAAAAACAACAAUUAUAUGUUGGAAUGAACAACAGCUUGUGAUGCUUCAUUCGAGAGGUCUGCAACUACUACAAGACUUACGAUAUUACAACUACAUACACGUAUGAUUCGGAGGUCAAGUUCAAUAUUUAUUUUCCCAUCGAAGUUGUGCAUAAUUCCCAUAAAAGAUAGUGCAGAAUAAAGUAUCAAAAUUCCUUUCGUUCUGUUGAUAUAAUUUUGCCCUAGCAACUUAAGUUUAUUGAAUCUAAAUAGCAUUCUUCAUUUUAUUCCACGAUCAAAUAUGUUUUAUGAUUUCCUCUUUAUGCUGAAUAAAUAAUGAUACAAAUUCGAGCAUAAA